AUGGAUUCCGCCCCGCAGGAGAAGUGGAAAUGUGACGAGUGUUCCUCUACAUUUACUCGCUUGGAUCACUUGAAACGACAUUUACUGACUCGUUCUCGCUUGCAAAGUGGCCAGGAUAUCCCCGGAACUCAGCGAGGUGGGAAGCAUAAGCGUGCCUGUGAUAGUUGCGCCGGUCUUAGGAAGGCUUGUAGUGGGACAAAUCCAUGUGCGGAGUGUGAUCAACGCGGACGACUGUGUACUUAUGAACGUCUUCUUGAAUAUGGAGAGAGUUCAAGUUUCGUUACAGCAAACUCGGGAGAGGCGGUGAGGCUUGAGAAUCAGGGAAUGGAUAUUGAUACACAGCACGCUGCAACAAUCUCAGCAAAGGAGCCCGAGACGCAGAACAACGAAAUGGUUGUUGGUGAACAGCCAACAUGGAGUCUUGGGCCUCAAAGUUUCUAUCCUUCUGCAAUCAAGACUUCAACAGAUGAGCAACAACUGGCCCUCGAAGAUCGGGACAACAUUAUUGAUUCCCCAAAGUGGGAUCUUGGGCCGUCGAGCUUCUACCCUCCGAUGAGUACUUGGCCGCGCCGGCCCUAA